CUGAGCUUUGCUGUGAGAGGGCAGCAGCAGUGAGCACUGUGAUUAACACCAACCUGAAUGACGCAUCAAGGACCAGUAUGCUAAGAUUUCAUCUCAUUUUAAUGCUUGCCAGUGCUCUUACUGCUUCCCUGCUGGCUGAUGGCGCUAAUAUACGACUCGCUGGUGGCAGUCACUCCUGCGCUGGUAGAGUGGAAGUCUAUCAUAAUUACCAGUGGGGAACAGCGUGUGAUGAUGACUGGGACAUAAAUGAUGCGCAGGUGGUGUGUAGACAGCUUGGAUGUGGUAAUGCUGUCAGCGCUCAUCAAAGUGCCCACUUUGGUCGCGGAAGUGAUCCAAUAUGGCUGGAUGAUGUUCGGUGUUCUGGAAGUGAAAGCACCAUCACACAGUGCUCUCAUAGAGGAUUUGGUACACACGACUGCGACCAUAGUGAAGAUGCUGGUGUUACUUGCUCAGACAUGCAGAGUCCUACAUUGACUCAGAUCUCCCCAAACUCUGUGGUCUCACCUGGAGAAGUCCUUCAGUUCAGAUGUUCCACACCCAGCCCAACAUGCAUCUCUGUAGACUUCAGUUUGUAUAAAUCUGGAACAUCAAUAGAGAAGCAAACUGCAGAAUCUACAACAACAUUUAAUCUGACUGUAGAUGCCUCACAUCAGGGCCAGUACACCUGUGACUACUCCUAUAGGGAAAGUAACUCCACAUCAUCCAAGAGCAACUCCAUUAACAUCACUGUAGUCUUGGGUCCGAAUCCACCUUUGUCGAGUUCAAGUCAAGACCAAGUCCUUAACCAAUCGAGUCCAAAAGGGGCCGAGUUGGACUUAACUCCAAGUCCUUAAUAGCAGAUCCAGAGUCGAGUCCGGCCGAGUCCAGAAAGUAAUUCAAUUGAAAAAAGAUUUGAAAUUGCAGUUGUAAACUCAACACUGAGCUGUUAAAUUAACAUUUUAACCUAACGGGAUUAAAAGUACCCCACAACUCUAGCAUUUUCACACAAUCAUUUUACAGAUUCCAGAAACACAAGCAAGAGUCUUCAAGAAAAGAACGAGACAAGUGCAAAACCUUACUGUGAAAUCACAGAAACCAUUUUCCACCAGAAGGAAAGUGGACAGUGGAUUUUCCAUUGAUAAUAUGCUCUUAUUUUAAUUACAUGUGGCUCUUUUUUUAAUUGCAAGUUACAUGGAUUUCAAAAUCACAUUCAGUCUAUAAAAAUACUAUUAUAUUGUAGCUAUGUGCCUGCAUCAUAUUGCAUCACUUUAUUGUUUUUACUCACUAGUUUAGUAGUCAUCUAAAUGAUCAAGUAUGGAAUCUGGGCAGUGUUUACUUUUGUUACUAUUGCUCAAUACAUAUGGUAUAGUAUGUAUGUGCUAUAUGUAUGCAUGUACGCAUGUACAGAUAUAUGGAAAUAAAUAAGUACGCCCCAUGGAAAUUGUUGCCUUCUUUGACGUAUUUGGAUGAGCAAACAUUUGAUUACAAACUGUGCCUAUUAAUAAAGUUGAUAUUCUUGAACAAAACCACAAGGAAAAUUAGCUUUUCAGUCAUUUAUUCAACAGAAAUAUCAACAGAUGUGAUGAAAGAAAAAGUGUGGAAAAAGUAAGUACACCCUUGGACUUACAAUUAUAACAUAGGCUAAAAGAUAACCUCUGCUUUUAAAAUCAAGCACUGCUGAGAUAUUUUUGAAAUGUUGAUGUAAACUGGCUAUCAAAGGUUCUGGAGAUGUUCCUGCAUUUUGACAUUUUAUAUGUCU